AUGAAUCCAAUCGCUGCUCCAGCAAUAACCCCAAUCUCACUCCAGCGGAGCGAAGACCGUCUCGGUAUCGAUAAAAUUCCUGAACCUGCCGACAACGAUGAUGCCGCUCUAGAUCAUGACGGUGCCGCUUCCGACAACGACGAUGCUGCCUCCGACAUCUCUGAAACCUCGACCGUUCGUAACGAGCAAGAACCCUUUGAGUCUUACAAGACUCGUGUCCUUGCCCUUUGCCGCGCGCUUUGGCCCGCCGCGGGACUAGAUGCAUUCCAGAUCGAUCGUCUUCGAGGCGGCUCCUUCAAUCGAAUCAUCAGCAUUACUAUUCAUCCCCACCACGCGAAGAAGCACUCAGCGGCCUACUUUCUGACACGACUGAGGCGUUUCUUCGCCUUCUGUCUCGGAUCCGUCGAGCAGGAGCAACUGCGCCAAUACAUUCUCCGUAUACCGCGUGUCGAUGAUCCGGAUAUCACUUAUGAGAUCGCUAUGUUCCGAUAUGUAGCUCACCAUACAUCGCUCCCCGUCCCAGGCAUCACUCACUUCGAUCUGACCCAAGAUAACGCCCUCUCUCAUUCCUACUCCAUCCAAGAGCGAAUUCUCGGCUCUGAUCUCAAUGCUAUGGGCUUUUUCUCCGACACCACAUUCUCCCUUUGCCAUCUCGAUUUCUUCGCUCGCAACGUCAUUGUCGAGGUCCGCGACGAAUCUACUGUCACCAUCCAGGGCAUCCUUGACUGGGACAGCGCUGUCUUUGGUCCCGAAUUCCUGGUCUGCGCUGCACCGCAUUGGAUCUGGACUCCGGACGAGGACUGCGAAGAAGAUGACGAGACCCAAGCCCUCACUGACCCCAAAACCCUCGAGGGACAAGAGUUGAAGCGCACCUUCGACGAAGCUGUUGGCCCUGAGUUUCUUCGCUAUGUCUAUGAACCGCCGUAUCGCAUGGCUCGGGCGAUGUUCAAUCUUCUCCGUGAAGGCGCUCAUUGCGAUUGGGAUCGCGACCAGUAUACCAAAUUGGCGAAAGACUGGGAAGAGUUCAAAUCUUCCCGCAGGAGCGCUUCUGGUGAGAAUCCUUUCGACACUCCCUCGAUCGAUUCUUCUACUUCCGCUGUCUAACCCUCAGGACCUCGACACCCCCGGAUGAGGAUUUGCUAAAAUUGUUUGAAUCACAGUUCUAAGGUGCUCCUUACCGAUGGCAUAGAGGGUGUCUUCAUAAGGUAUUUGCAUAACGGGCUGAAUGUUUUCUAGCAUGGUGUUUGGAGGAUUAGCUGGCCACAUAGAUCUUCCAC